AGAGAAACUAAAGGUCAGUUUCUCAUAGAUCACAUCUGCAACUAUUACAGCUUGCUGGAAAAAGACUAUUUUGGCGUUCGAUAUGUUGACCCUGAGAAGCAGAGGCACUGGCUUGAGCCCAACAAGUCCAUCUUCAAGCAAAUGAAAUCUCAUCCACCAUAUACCAUGUGCUUUAGAGUGAAAUUCUACCCACAUGAACCCUUGAAGAUUAAAGAAGAGCUCACCAGAUACCUCUUAUAUCUACAAAUAAAAAGGGACAUUUUCCAUGGCCGUUUGCUGUGUUCUUUUUCUGAUGCUGCCUACCUGGGUGCCUGUAUUGUCCAAGCUGAGCUUGGUGAUUAUGAUCCUGAUGAACACCCAGAGAAUUACAUCAGCGACUUUAAGAUUUUUCCCAAGCAGUCACAAAAGCUCGAGAAGAAAAUAGCUGAAAUGCACAAAAAUGAACUCAGAGGUCAGAGCCCAGCUGUUUCUGAAUUUAACUUGCUCCUGAAAGCAUAUUCUUUGGAAACUUAUGGUGUUGAUCCUCAUCCUUGCAAGGACUCAACAGGGACGACUACAUUUUUAGGAUUCACAGCUGCAGGAUUUGUAGUUUUCCAGGGGAAUAAAAGAAUUCAUUUGUUAAAAUGGUGUGAUGUCUAUAAACUGAAAUUUGAAGGGAAGACUUUUUAUGUGUUUGGAGCUCAGAAAGAGAAAAAGGCUGUGCUGUCAUUCCAUACCUCUACACCAGCAGCCUGCAAGCAUCUUUGGAAGUGUGGGGUGGAGAACCAGGCUUUUUACAAGUAUGCAAAAUCCAGUCAGAUCAAGACCAUGUCCAGCAGCAAGAUAUUUUUUAAAGGCAGUAGAUUUCGAUAUAGUGGAAAAGUAGCCAAAGAGGUGGUGGAGGCAAGCUCUAAAAUCCAGAGGGAACCUCCUGAAGUUCACAGAACCAGCAUUACCCAGAGUCGCAGCUCUCCCUCCUUGAACAAGCAACUCAUAAUCAACAUGGAACCUCUACAGCCCCUCCUUCCUUCUCCCUGUGAGGAGGAGGAGGUUCCUUUAGACAAAGGUAUCCAACUGCCAAAGGAAGAUGAGAUUUCAGUACCUGUGACUUCAAGCUCCCCAGUUAAGGACAUUGGAGAGAAUGUUGAUCUUGCCAUUGAACACAAAGAGAAGAUGAAAGAGGAACCUUUAACCAUCUCAGAACUGGUAUACAAUCCUAGUGCCAGCUUGCUGCCCACUCCUGUUGAUGAUGAGAUUGACAUGCUCUUUGAUACCUGUCCAAGAGUAGAGAAUGAGAAAGAUGAUACAGAUUCAUUUGAGGAACUCGAAGCAGAUGAAAAUGCAUUUUUGAUUGCAGAGGAGGAAGAACUAAAAGAAGCUCGGAGAGCACUUAGGUGGAGCUAUGACUUUCUAAUGGGCAACAUAGAGGUGAAUGCCUUUGUGAAGAGUUUCUCCAGACUUCUGCUUGUAGGCCUUGGACUGUUGUUGUUUGUGUUCCCUCUUCUCCUUGUUCUCUUGGAGUCGGACCUUCAAAUCUCUUUUCUCCAUGAAAUCCGUCAAACACCGGAGUUUCAGCAGUUUCAUAUUGAAUAUUACUGCCCCCUUAGGCAGUGGGUGGCUUGCAAAAUAAACUUCAUUCGUGACAUGCUGGGCAGCUUUUAA